UACAAAGCUUGGACACACCCAGUCCAACAAAGUGUGAGAGACAGUCAGAGGGUAAUGAGACUGUGUGGAGCAAACCGAGGGUGUGGCUUUGCACAGGGAGAUCAGAUAAGCUGAGUUUGCAUUGUAGAAAAGGGGCAGGAGUCGCAAAUCCGAACAGGCAGCUUGUUACACUUUCACUCUGCUGCUGGACUCACUGAACAGCCCAGCUGCACAUUUCCACUCACUCUCGGUCCCACUGCCGUGCAUUCCUCCAGCGGUUUGACAGAAGACACAGAGGGGGAGCAACUUCCAGAGAACAGAGAAGAAAACGACACAAGAAGACUCAAGGAAAAGUUCAACCUCGCAGCCAUGAAGGACAAAAUAAGGAGAGGAGGGGGAAGAAAUCAGGCCAAAACUGAUGUAAUCCAUGGAAAGAAUGAUGUUGGUGCUAAACAAGUUGAUGACACAUCAUUCACUGUGAAGAUCCAGGGGGCAGGAGUCGAGUCGUUUGAGCUACAGGUCCAUGGAUUUUGGCUCGUCCAGGAUGCACUUAUGAGCCUGCUUUCGAGGAAUGAGGUGUGUCCACGCUCCAAUCUUUCGCUGGCAUUCGCCAGCGCAACUCUGGAUCCCCUCGCAGAGCUGCAAAGCCUCAAGGGCCUGAAACACGGAGCCAUCAUUCGCCUUGUUGAAGAGCCCUACACCGCCAGCUUGGCCAGGCUCCAUUUGGCUCGAGUCGUGGAGUUGCUGAGAGCAUCUGGGCCUCAGGAUGCGCUGAGGGAAGGACGCUCACCGAGCCUGCUGGAGACACUCACACAUCAGAAUACAGGUGCAGACCCCAGCUCACCAAAUGGAAAGAGCCUGAAACGCUCUCUGAGCAACACAAAAACGGAUUCAACCAACCAGGAUGCCGCUCUUCCUGAGUACCUCCUCCCUGGUUCCACAGAAAGACCACUCAUGGCCCUGCUGCCGCCAAGCUCCCAGCCAGAGGCCCCCAGUUACCUGAAGGACUUGUGUCUGAGCUGCUGGAACCCGCCUCCAGGUCACAGGAAGCUGCAGGGAGACUUCCUGUACAUAUCUGUGGUGACAAUGGAGGGAAAACGGUGUGACAUCACAUCUUGUCCGAAAGGUUUUUUCCUCAACAGGUCUACAGAAGAUGUGUUUGAUCCUCGUCCUGCACAGUCGACUGCAGUUUAUCACUGUUUCACUGAACUGCUCUGUCACAUCAGUCCUGCCUUCAAAAAAACUUUAACUACAAUUAAAAACAGGCCUCAAUUACCACCAGCAGAAGUGAUGCCCACUUCUUACCACACGCUGAGCUGGCUCGGGCCUCAUGGUGCCUCGCGCACUCACAAAAACACCUUCAGCCGACUAGGAGUCGAUGAACAGGCAAGCCCAGACUGGAAUGAGGAGUUGCAGGCAGCUAGAGAUCUCUCUCAAGGCAGCCUGGAGGAGCGGCUGCAGAGAGAUAGAGCUGUGCUCCAGGUGAACAGUGCAUUUGUGAAGGUCGUCAUGCAGGGGGCGGAAACCGUUGUAGACGGCUUCGUGGAGCCCGCGAAUGGAAACCCAGAGGACCCAGCUUUCCUGUGGGGGGGUCUGUUCAUGAGCCAGGGGGCAGCAAGUGCAGUGUUUGGUGGGGAGAGGGGUCGCAGGGCAGCUCAAAGGCUGGAGCUCAAAGGCGUACAAGCCUACAGUGAGCUGGAGGGGCUGGAGGGGCUGCACACACUACCUACAGCCAUUGUAGACUACAGAGGAGUACGUAUGUCUGCCCAGGGUCUGGCUCCUGGUUUGGAAGGAACGGACCAGGAACAGGAAAAGGACGAGGAACAGGAAACUUCCCAAGCAUCAAGGGGCUUACUGUACGGGGUCAAUGCCGGACCCCAAGAGUCCCCUCAUCGCAGACGGCUGCUCGUGCUCCUGGCUCAUGCUGCCAAGUGUCUCGCUAUACAGAGACAUGUUGUUGUGGCGCCCAGCGGUUACAAGGUACCACUGUUCACACCAGCGGAUUCCCAGGGACUGUUGGGAGCUGACGGGAGGUUCUACAUACUGGACGUGUUCAGGUGCUUCCCGGCCGAUGCCAACUUCUGCCCAGGGGUGGAGACAGAGAGUCAGAUUGUCUCUAGAGAAGAUGAGCGGAAAGAAGGGAAAGAAGGGGACGAGGAGAAGAAAAGUGGCAUUGAAGAAAGUUGGCCUGAGAAUUAUCACACAGACUCCGGGUUUCCAAAGAGCUUUCCUCACAGUCUCUGCAGGCUGAGGCCAGAGCUGGUGCAGGCUUUCAUCCAGCACAAACAUUGCCAGUUCACUCAUCGUGUCCGGGAGACGUUGGAUGAGAAUGGAGGCUUUGAAGAAUGUGCAACAGCUUGUGACUCUCGAGCAACCAAUGCAGUACGAGCUGCUUGUAAAGAGGUGGGCUCGUGUAGUGACAUCAUCUUUGAGAUGCGAUUAAACCCAAAUGUCUUUUCUCCAGGAGUAUCCUUCCCUUCUUCUGAACGUGCAUCAGUAAUCCAGCAGGAGAGGCUACUGAAGGAAGCAGCAGCUUUAAUCAUCACACACCAGAUACCAGAGUUUGUGGAGCACUGCCUACAAAACUAUGAGCCACCAAUGGAUGGAGCGACUCUGAAACAGGAGCUGCACCGGCGAGGCAUCAACAUGCGGUAUCUGGGUCAUGUGGUCAAGGCCAUCAGUCAGUCAGAGCAGAGGGAGCACCUGAGGCAUAUAUUGAGAUUGGUUGUGGGGGAAGUUUUCAUCCGCUCUACAAGAAGAGUGUUCAACAGUUUCCUCCAGGGUGUGGACGUGGCUAGUCUCUGUGCAGCUAUCAGUCACUUCCUCUGCUGCCUAUUGGUUCCCCAUUUCACGCCCGCUCAUGUUGGGGAGGAGACGAAAAAGAAGUCGAAGCGGCGUGCUCGAGUGGCUGAGGCCUCUGAGAGCACGCUCUGGAGCACGCUCACGGGGCCCGAGCUGUGGAACCUGGUCUGUCAGGAUGCUGCUGAGACAUAUAACAUCUCUGACAGCCUCGGCUCCGGUCCAAACCACCUGGUAGAGCAGUUUGGCCUUCAGAAGCUCUCUCUGCUCAGAGAGUUCUGUUUAAAGACAGGAGUCCAGUUGCGGUUGAGAGACUACUACCUUGACAACAUGAAUAAAGCACCUAUCGGUCCAGAUGACAUCGUCAACAUCUUCCCUGUUGUCAAGCACAUUGACAUGACGACCGUGGAUGCUUCUAAAGCAUUUCGUGCUGCACAGAACUUCAUUCGGAAAGGUGUGCUGGAUCAGGCUCAUGAGCACCUGAAGGAAGCAUCCUACCUGUUUGGUCGAGUGUGUGAUGACCUGCACCCUGAGGCCUGUCACUGCCACAGCCUGUUGGCCAGGGUGGCCUUCCUGCAGGGAAAAGCAGCCGAGGCUCGCAGUGUCCAGCUGAAAGCAGUGGUCAUCAGUGAGCGGGUGCUCGGCUUUGACCAUCCAAACACUAUCCAGCAAUAUACCCUCUUGGCUGUGUACAUGUAUGCUGGAGGAGAGACGGCCCUGGCUCAGAAGUGUCUCCUCAGAGCUCGUCUGCUAUUGCUAACAGUGCACGGAGAAGACCAUCCCUACACCGCGACACUGGAUAGCUGUCUUGGGUUGGUGCUGACAGGAGAGCAGACAGGGCAGUUCCUAAAGAAUGCUCUGAGGCUCAACACUUCCUUUUUCGGCGCCACAGACUUGCACACGGCUCUCAGUCAGCACCUGUUGGCCCAGUGGAUGUGCAGCAAGGGAGACUACAGAAGUGCUAUGACCCAUGAGAAAGAGGCGCUCACUGCUUUCACCUCAUUGUUCGGAGAGGAUCAUCCUCAGACAAGCUGCAGCAAAGAGUUCCUGUGCACCAUCACCAAGCAGGCGGUGCAGGUGGAGCGCUCUCUCAGACAGGCAGGAGCUGACAGUACGGAGCAAACAGUGGAGUGUCUGACUCCUUCAACUGAGACCAGUUUGGAGCAGAUGGUUCUGGUGACAGGAAUCAGGAAGAUCACACAAAGUAGCAGGUUCAAGGAGUACAAGCAGAGACACCUGGAACGAAAAGCAGCAGCUUUAAAAGAACUGGGACUCAGUUUUCCUGGCGAGCUCUUCGCCUCAGCGACUGUGAAGGCAGGAGAGAAAAGCUCUGAUAAAGAAACAGGAUGCGGGAAGGAAGCUGAGGAUGGAGGAAGCCCAGCGGUGGAGAAUGACAGCGAGCGCCAACACGAGCAGUCGGUGGACGAGGUGUCGGUGGUGGGUGCUGCUGCUGUUUCAGUUAAUGGUCAUGUGGUGGAGCCCGCGGAGCAAAACAAGCAUGAGGAGAAAACCGAGAAAAGGGAGGAAGGUGACAGAGCCACCGAGGUGAAAAUGGUGAAUGGGGAGUCAGAGGUCAGGGCUGAAGGAGAGGAAACUAAGAGCAGUGUAGAAAAGGAGGAGAAGAGCAGCACAGCAAAAGGGGAGUUGGAACCCAAAGCAACAUGUGAGGCGAUGAAGUCAGAUGAGAAAGAUGGUGAAUCAAAUGGAGUGAGGGACACCAAGGCUACACCGUCAGUCCUGAAGGGUAAAGGGACCUGGGCUGAUGUUGUUUCAAAAUCAAAUUUAGCGAAUGGAACAGGACACAAAGACACAGCAGUCAAUGGAGUCGCAGAUGAAGUCACUGCGAAUGGAGUAGCUGAGGAGUGAACACAUAACAAACCAGGAAACACUGCUGUAGUCAAGUUUUUCUAACGUCACUGCUGUAACACUAAACUCUGCCAGGAUCCGAGAGGUCGUUUGAUUAAGUGAGGCAAAGAAUGAGAAAGCAGAGAGUGAGAGGAUGAGUCUUACUUUGUGUUGGAGAUGGUAUUACUGAUCCAGGGAGAGGGCUGUACUGUGUGUUGUUUUUUCCAACAAUAAACUUUUUACUCUGAGUAUUAAAAA